AUGCGCUUUGUCCUGCUUCCCAUAUCGACGAAGCGCACGCUCCUCUAUUGUAUCCGCAAUAAAGAGGCGGCAAAACAGCGGACCGGCCUCGCUGACAAGGUUACCACAAAGGUUGCCUCUCUCUGGGCCAGCUGGGAGCGCAGAGAAGGCGGCUGGCAGCGCAAAGUCGUGGACUAUGGGAACCAUGCCCUGAGGCGCAUACCUUUCCAGGAAUGGGGUCUCAAUCACAGCUCCGGUAGCUCUUAUCCCUGUAAUACCCAAUCUCCCUUUUUCUACCUGGCAUACCGCGCAUGGUCGCACUGGCGAGCCAUCAAGGGCGGCCAGCAUGUCCAAUUCCUAAUCUCGAACAAGCUCCUGUCCAUCACUCCAUCGCCUAUCCUAGAUAGCGUUUAUUCCGACCGUAAGCCCCUUUUGACAGGUCUUAAAGACGCACAAACCCAAACCCCUACGGAAGAAGCAGCAAAGGCGGGUGACGCCGGCAACGACCCCGAGGAACCAGCUGGAAAAGUCCUACUUUGUCGGGAGACUGCCGCCAAAUUGGGCAAGGCCCUCGAGCAUCCGGAAAUUGAGGCAGAGCUUGAAAGAGCCAUCUGGCAAGUUGAGCAGAGCAACCAGGCGGGCCGCCAAGAGACGGUAAAUUCAAAGAAAGAUAAUUGA